AUUGUCAACAAGCUGGUUCUGACGCAUGGGACGACCUCCAAUCUCCAUCCUUGAUUGGCUACAUGGUUCUAUCUGGACGCCACAUUGCCAUUGUCCUGCAUGCCGAGCCGGAGGCAAGUCGGAGGUCGACGAUCGACCGUCGCAACCAUAUCCUAAUACUAUGCCGGACCUUGUUUCGGAGUGAAUGUUGGCACAGUCGGAGAAUACACGGAGAGCAUUUGUUUCGGCUCAGCGUGCUGGCCUCAGAGUAAAGGUGACAAAAAGCAGAGUGCCUCCUCUUGUUGACCUUGUCCCGAUGCUGUAUCAAGAUCCGAGGCACCCAAUCCAGCCGAGACGAAAUUCUCAUCCGCAUUCUGAUCAUUAAACCCCUCGUUCGCAUGACUCGAGACACUUGAAUUCUGAUCUUUCAAGUUGUGCCAUCCACAUUUUGACGAUAAUGAUCUCGAGAAUAUCCCAUCCUUGGUGGAAAGAUGCCAUAAUUUAUCAAGUCUAUCCUGCCAGCUUUAAGGACUCGAAUGGCGAUGGCUGGGGCGAUAUACCUGGACUGGUAUCAAAACUUGAUUACCUUAGCACUCUAGGGGUCGAUGUCGUGUGGCUAUCACCUAUGUUUGAGAGUCCUCAAGCUGACAUGGGAUACGACAUCUCCGAUUACCAGAAGGUGUAUGCUCCAUAUGGCACAGUUGAAGACGUCGACAGUUUGGUGGAAGGAUGUCACUCGAGAGGAAUGAAACUGAUUUUGGAUCUUGUGGUCAAUCAUACCUCGAAAGAACAUGAGUGGUUCAAGGAAUCUCGCUCUUCGAAGGACAAUCCCAAACGAAACUGGUAUAUCUGGAAGCCGGCACGCUAUGAUCAAGACGGCAACAGGCGACCGCCAACCAAUUGGCGUAGUUACUUUGCCGGUGGAACCUGGACGUGGGACGAACUCACAAAAGAAUACUAUCUGCAUCUCUACGCGUCAGACCAACCCGAUCUCAAUUGGGACAAUGAGGCCUGUCGACAGGCCAUCUACGACAACGCCAUGCGCUUCUGGCUGGACCGAGGCGUGGAUGGUUUCCGGGUGGACACAGUCAACAAGUACAGCAAACGUACGGAGUUUGUCGAUGCAAAGAUGACGGACCCCAACAGUGAAUGGCAGCAAGCUCCGGAAAUGUGGUGCAACGGGCCUCGAAUCCACGAAUUCCUGAAGGAAAUGAACACCAAGGUGCUUGAUCACUACGACACAGUCACCGUCGGGGAAUUAUCUAACACUCCCGAUCCGCGACAAGUGCUGGAUUAUGUCAGUGCCGGCGAGCGUGAAUUGAACAUGGUAUUUCAAUUCGACAUGAUCCGACUCGGGACCGGAGAUGGGUUCGGAAGCAAGUAUGACUUUCAACCAUGGAAAUUGACGACUCUCAAGACUUUUGUGGAGAGGUGGCAGAAGUUCAUCGAGGGUACAGACGGAUGGACGACAGUGUUUUGCGAGAACCACGACAACGGGAGAGCGGUCUCGAGAUUCGGUAAUGACUCCCUCGUGCAACACUGGGAGACUUCGGCCAAGAUGAUCGCUCUCUGGCAGGCGACCUUGACGGGCACAUUAUUCUUGUAUCAAGGCCAAGAGAUCGGUAUGACCAAUAUGCCUAGGAAUUGGCCGAUAGAAGAGUACAAGGACAUUGAGAGCAAUAAUUUCUAUCAGGAAGCAGAACAAAGCGGAGAUCCCGAGCGGGUCGAAAAGGUCAUGAAUGGUCUCCAGAUCCUGGCUCGAGAUCAUUCUCGCAUCCCUUUCCAGUGGGAUGAUUCUCCCCAUGGAGGCUUCACCGCACCCGAUGCCACGCCGUGGAUGAGGGCCCACGAUAAUUAUCCGAAGAUUAAUGCCGCCAAGCAGUUGCGAGAUCCAAAGAGUGUGCUAUCAUUUUACCGAGACAUGUUGAAGCUACGGAAAUAUUAUGCUGAUGUUUUUGUCCACGGCACGUUCGACCUGCUUGACAGCAAGAACGAGAAGGUGUUUAGCUAUGUCAAAACCAGCAGCUUGGACACACAGAAAAGGGCAUUGGUCGUGCUUAAUUUCUCGGCGGAUGAAAUGGUGAUUUCAGAGACCGUUGGAGCGUUGAUAAAGGAGAUGGGACAAAGCGUGUUGAUUGCGACAAGUCCAAGCUUGCAGAGCGAACAGACUGGGGACGACAGGACAUUUUUGUUAGGUGCAUAUGAGGGAAGGAUAUACAUUGAUCACUAGGUAUCUUUGAGGGCGUUUACUAGUACUCCGUAUAUCCCGGCGGAUAACACCUCUGACUAUGAGUAUGACUACGAGUACCGAAUUCGGAGUCCCCAACGGGCAAAGUGUUUCUUAUUCGGAGGCUCAGUUUCGACGCAGAAGUAUGUAC